CAACGAGCAGCAAAAAGACACGAUGACGGGAACAAACAGGCAGGAGAACAUAGUGACGUAUGGGCAGCAGAAAAGGACGGGAACCAGACGUGGGAAGAUCUAGACGGAGUGAAAACGAUAAACAAGAUUUUUUACUGAUCAAAAAAUUACAACAUAUAACAGGAAAACAGGCAGGACCAAACAGGACGGGCAAAAAGGACUAUUCGACAGGGACAUGCGGACAUAUAUACAAUACUGGUAACAAGGGGCAGCGGAGCGGAGAUGUGAUAUAAUUCAUGCAAAAAAUUCUCAGGAAAUAUUGCAAUAAAUUGAUUUUAAAAACUUUGAUUAAACUUUUAAUCUUGUGUCUUCUGGCUGUUGUCUCGAUCAAUAAAACAUGAGGGUGGAAUGUAUGGUUCUCCCCACUCCACUUUGUGUUGCCUGUAUUCUUUUUAUUUCCUUUCAUACGUGUCAUAAAUUUAUGAUAUAAAAGUGUUUUGGAUCCAAAUGUCUACAUUAGCCUAACCAUAGACCACCUAAUCACGCAGCUAAUAACAUUGUUAUUUAUUGCAUCUAAUUUAUAACUUAUUUAAUAUAUAUAUACAACGGAUUUUUAACGCAACUUCAAUUGGAAUUGUCAUCAACGCGUCGUUUUGUAUUGGGCUGCUGUGUGACCUCCAGGCCACUGGAUGUCGCCCAUUUGCUUUUCUCAACAAGCGCCAGUGAAAACGCAAGCAGACGAAGAAAAAAGCAACAACAAACGUAACUGGCAGUGGGCGUGCGGUGAGAAAUGAGUUCUCAUCUGCUGGUGUCCUGCAACUCUUCCCGUCAUGGAUCUCUCCUACUGCUUCACUUUGGCCAGUCCUGCUGGCUCCGAACCUUCAGCAGCGGAGCCCGCAUCGGCAGCACCCUUCGAGAGAGCUACCGGCUGCUGGAGCUGCCCGCAGACGAAUCUGUCAGCCCCGAGCGAGCCAAAGAGUCCUACUUGCGCCUGGCCAAGCUCUACCACCCGGACUCCGGCAUGCCCACCGCUGAUGCAGCCCUCUUUACUCGGGUGGAGGAGGCCUACCGCUCUGUGCUGGCUCACCACAGUGAGGCCCGGUGUCGAGAGGCGGUGCAGGAUGAGGAUGAGGACCCGUCCACCGGUGUGGCCCCUCAGCACAGACACUACCUCAGCUAUGAGGGCGUGGGCUCAGGCACCCCCAGCCAACGCGAGCGCCAGUACCGCCAUUUCCGUGCCGACAGGGCCGCGGAGCAAGUUACGGAUUACCGGCAGAGGGAGCACGAGAGAGCGGCGGCGGCCGAAGGGGCGCUGGUGGAGCGGGACGUGCGGCAGCGCAGUAGGAGUAUCAAAAUCACUCAAGCGGUGGAGCGGCUGGUGGAGGAUCUAAUCCAGGAGUCCAUGGCCCGGGGGGACUUCCGCAAUUUAAGUGGCGCCGGAAAGCCGCUCAACAAGUUCCAACACAACCCCUACGCCGACCCCAUGACGCACAACCUCAAUCGCAUCCUCUUAGACAACGGCUACCAGCCACCUUGGGUGCUCACGCAGCGGGACAUCCGCGAGGCCGCCGAUCGCAUCCGUGGUCGCUUGCUGGACGGACGGGUCGGGCUGGGCGAAGCCCUCGGCCCGACAGAGCGCCUCCGCUGGGAGGAGCUGUGCGCUCACGCCGAGGAAGAGUUGGCCAAAGUCAACAAGAAGGUGGACAGCUACAAUCUGAUUGUUCCCAUGCUCCACAUGCAAAUGGUACAUUUCAGCCUGGCGCGCGAGGUGCGGCGAGCAGAGGAGGCGGCCGGACGGCGCCGAGUUGAACAACGACAGAGGAGGAAGGAGGAGAGGAAGCGGCUCAAUGCCGCUUAUAUCACUGCCAAGUCUGCAGGCGCCGAGCGAGGACUGCUGUCGUGGAUGCAGAGUUGGCUCAAAUGAAUUGCACCAAACUUGACUUCAUCUUCUUUUUCUGUUUUUAAGCCUUGAGUUUAUUGAGCUUGACUGUUUUUGCAUAAUUCUUCUUCUUUUUUUUUUUUU